AUGAAACUUCUGCAUAACAGCCCUAUGCAAUUGAUAUUCAGAUCGUCAGACAAGAAGUGGGACGAACUUGGCAGCUGCACAACAGAAGCAUUGUUGAUCAUGAGCGAGGAUAAACAGCGAUCUGCAUUGCUUAGCCGGACAGCAAUGAGGAAACGAUCAUCCAUAUUGAGUACGAGAGAAAGGCUGAUCGAGCUGCGCCCGAAAGGGACGGUCGUGGUCGUGGCUUCGGACAGCCCGACAGAGUUCAAGCGCAAGCAGCACGCCCAGGCUCAGAAACAACAGCGGGACAGACUGAAAACCGCCUUGGACCGGAUCGCUCGUAUUAUGGAGGGACGUGGUGUGCAGGCAGGGACUGGUGGGUCAAAGGCCGAGCUGGUCGAGGCAGCAGUGAAAUACAUCCAGAGUCUGCAGGGCGAGAUCGAGCAGCUGAGGGUUGCACUCGGCACGCGACAGGCUGACUGGGAGGGUCCUACAUAG